AUGAUUUUGCUGAGCAGCUUCUUGCACCUGCGGCCUCGGCGCUGCGGACCCUUCGCAGGGCUGAGCAGAGGGGUCAGCCCCGCAGCGGGGUCUCGCAGGGCUCUGCGGGUGCUGGUGGACAUGGACGGGGUGCUGGCCGACUUCGAGGGAGGCUUCCUCAAGAAAUUCAGGGCCAGGUACCCCGACAAGCCCUACAUUGCCCUGGAGGACCGGAGGGGCUUCUGGGUGUCGGAGCAAUACGGGCGCCUGGGACCUGAGCUGAGUGAGAAAGCCAUCAGCAUCUGGGAAUCCAAGAACUUCUUCAUGGAGCUGGACCCGCUCCCUGGGGCUGUGGAAGCUGUGAAGCAAAUGGCAAAUUUGGCAGACACCGACGUGUUCAUCUGCACAAGCCCGAUCAAGAACUAUCGCUACUGCCCGUAUGAGAAGUACGCCUGGGUGGAGAAGCACUUCGGCCCCGAGUUUCUCGAGCAGAUUGUUUUGACGCGAGAUAAGACGGUGGUUUCUGCUGACCUGCUUAUAGACGACAGACCUGAUAUAACAGGGGCUGAGCUGAACCCCAGCUGGGAGCACGUGCUCUUCACGGCCUGCCACAACAAGCACCUGCAGCUGAAGCCCCCCAGCCGCCGGCUGCAGUCCUGGACCGAUGACUGGAAGGCCAUUCUGGACAGCAAACGCCUGCCACCUGGCCGGGCCACCUAAACCGUGGCCUCCUGUGGCCACCCAGGGCUGUGGCCACCUGCCUGUGUCCCUGCGGAGGCCUGCUGAAGGCUGAAACCACCGAUGGACGGACAGACGGACGCUGGCCCUGCUGUGGAGAGGAAGAGGAGGGGGACCUGAAGUGCUACAGCCACUGGGACCCAGGGAACAGACCCCAGCCCAGCUGUGCCACAAGGGACCGGCAGCAGGAUUGGCCCCGUGGGCCUGGCAGCCUGGCUGGGGGACGUUUCCCGCCAGCUUUGGGGGUCUCUCUGCUGCGUCUGUGCCCCCCGUGAGGCCAGCCACCGGCUUUCUGACAGACGAGGUCACCCUCAGCGUGUCACUGCCCUUGUCCAGUGCGCUGCGUGGCACACGCCGGCUCUCCAUCCUCCUCUCUGUGUUGCAGUCAGGGAUCACCCGGGUGGUUCAUUGCAUCCUCCCAGGGUUUCAUAUCAAGAGGCUGCCUCAGGGGACAUUUCCCUCCCGGCUGGCACUCGGGUUUGGGGAGAGGGGCAGCUGGAAGGGCAGGGGGAGCCGGCGGACGCUGCCCAGGCUUCCUGCACUGGCUCAGCUAUGCUGUUCCUUGCAGCUGAUAACAACGGAAUGGCUACAUGCUUCCCUGCAGGAAGAAUCCCUGCAGCGGGAUACAGGGACAGUACCACUCCUCCCGUGGAUCUGGCCAUGGGGAGGGAGCCCUGAGGCACCGUCACACCUGAGACGUAGCUGUCCUCUAGCUGGUGGGAGGGAUCCCUGCUUGCCCUCAUCCCUGAGGAGCUGCCACAGCUUUAGAGCUGGGGCUUCAGAGCUGACUUGGGAGGAAGGGAUGGGCUCUUCUUGCUUGUUGCUUGUGGGCUGCUCACCCGGGCAUCGCUGAGCAGUGAGCAGGCAGGGGCAGUGCCAGCACCAUCCCUUCCUGGGAGCCAGGCAACUCCUGCAGGAGCUCACCCUGCCAGCUGGUGAUCGGACGGUAGCUCCUUUAGAUUUCAAAGCCAGGGAGGUCUGCGCAUGCAGGUGGUGUGAGCAAAGCACCCCAUUUCCCUCCUCCUGGUAGUGUCCGACAUCAGCCUGCCGGGAAAGCUCUGGAUGUGCGUCCACAGGGCACCCUGCUUAUAGGCAGAAGGUCCUGUGGGCUGCAUCCCACCAGGGUCAGGCACUGGGACAGUCGAUGCCGCAGAGCAUCCUGAAGUCUUUGGUGUGGAGCCACCCGGGAAGAUGCCACUGGGUGGAGAAGGGGUGCUGGUGGAGGAGCUACGGCAUCGCUGAGAUGGGUGGGUAAAGCAGAGGCACCACGGCUGUCCUAAGGACAGGCCGAGGGUUGCGUUGGGGGAGGAUUGCCAUGGCCGCAUCCCCAGAUGCUGUUUUCAGUCCUUGCAUACCACAAGGGAAGAGGUUGGGGGACGUUGCUGUUAAAGGCUGGGGAGCACAUCAGAAGCUGUACUGUGGGGUGAGUUUGUUGUGCAGCUGCCUGCAGCUCCGCUGCUGUCCCAGCUCUGGAUGUCUGGGACCCCCAGGGCGAGGUGUUCGGCUGCCUGGCCAGUGCGAAGGGGCUGCGGCAUACACGGCUGUCCAUGCUAGCCACCGCUGCCGAGUGACUAUGCCGGGGCUGCUGAGCUCUGCAAGUGGCCGGUGCUGCUGGGAAGCUCCAGCUGGGCACCGAAAAGGGAGCGUUUGGACCACGGGGCAGCUCCAAGAGGGAUGCUUUUUGCCUAGAAGUGCCCACAGCCUCUUCCUCCCCUGCCCAGCUC